AUGUCUUACGACAAGGAGCUCGCUGCUGCUAAGAAAGCAGCCACUCUCGCUGCUCAUCUCUGCCAGAAAGUGCAGAAGGCUCUUUUGCAAUCUGAUGUUCACUCUAAAUCAGACAAAAGUCCCGUCACUGUUGCUAAUUAUGGUUCACAGGCCUUGGUCAGCUUGACGCUUGAGAGAGAGCUUCCUUCUCAACAAUUUUCACUAGUAGCCGAGGAGGAUUCGGGGGAUCUUCGUGAGGAAAGUGGCCAGGAUACACUGAGGCGCAUUACAGAUCUUGUCAAUGAUACUAUCGCUAAUGAAGGACCACAUAGCUUUUCUAUUUUAACAAUAGAUGAUGUGCUUAAGGCCAUUGAUAGUGGUAAGUCCGAAGGUGGUUCCAUUGGUCGCCACUGGGUUUUGGAUCCAAUAGAUGGUACUAAAGGGUUUGUAAGAGGAGACCAAUAUGCCAUAGCAUUAGCUUUGCUAGAUGAAGGGAAAGUUGUAUUGGGUGUCUUGGCUUGCCCAAAUCUUCCACUAGCGACCAUUGGCCAUAAUGAGCAGCAUUCUUCUUCAAAUGAAGUUGGGUGUCUUUUCUUUGCUAAAGUUGGUGAUGGAACAUAUUUGCAGGCAUUGGAUGGCUCUACACAGACGAAGGUGAAUGUUAGUGCUGUUGAUAAUCCAGAAGAGGCGUCAUUUUUUGAAUCUUAUGAAGCAGCACACUCCUCACAUGACUUGUCCAGCACUAUUGCAGAGAAACUCGGUGUCAAAGCACCGCCAGUCAGAAUUGACAGCCAAGCAAAAUAUGGAGCUCUGUCUAGAGGAGAUGGAGCUAUAUAUUUGAAUUUCCCCCAUAAAAUCUCCGUUCGUACCCUUUAUUUCUCUUUGACUCUAUUGUUCUAUUUUGAUUUUAGUAUGCUUGAAUGA